GAGUAAAACAUCCACGUGUACAACACCGUCUGUUUCCUCAAACUCAAAUUCCUCGAACAUAGAUCCUCGUCGUAUACUUCCGAUGUUUUUGUUUUUGUGUUAACAAUCUCUAAUGUCACCGUUUUCUUUGAAAUCAUCGCUAUCUUCAUUUUAACUCAUAAAAAAAAAAAAAAAUCAACUUUUUCUGUUUUUUGGUUUCUUUUUUCAUCCCCCAUUCAAUUUCUCUCUCAAAAUUCUUCCUUUUUAUGGCAUUUCUCUAACCCCUUUUGCCUAAAGAACGGAUCUUUCUUUUACCCAUUUCAUAAAAGCAACCCAUUUGGCUUUUAAAGAACCCAUUUUGUUGAAAAUAUGAAUGAGAAUGAGAAUGGAAAUGAAGAAGCUGUAUUUGAAUUUGGGGUGGUGAUUACAAAGAGGAGCAUGCAAGAAAAUGAUGAAUCUUCUGACUGUACUAAUGUUCUUAUUAAGGAAUUUAAGAAAGUGGGGUUUGUAGUUGAGAAAGUUAUUGGCAUUGCAGAUGAUUUCAUUAAGUUGGCUGCACCUUUGGAUACGUUAGGGAGAGCUGCAGCUGAAUUACAAAUCAUGAAAAGGACUCAUAUAGGUAUGGAUUUACAAUUUGAGAUGGAGGAAGUUGAAGCUUUUGUGAAACAACCCGACGGUUCUGUUUUCAGCUGGUGUGAGCGUUUUCAUUGCUACUGUCACUUGAUAUAUGGAAUAGCAAACAACAGCAAGUCAGCGAAAACCCUUAAAUUUGAUGGAAAAGAAAUCUUUUGGGAAAUCGGGGAGAAUCUGAUUCAGAAAUUGGAAUCGGAGAACAUUGUCAAGCAAGUCUUUCCUUUGCAUGAUGAAAAGACGAGAAAGAAACUUCUCAGGACUUGGGCUCUUCGUUGGUGGGACUGUACGAAUCAGCCAAUCGAUGACAUUUAUCCAUAUUAUGGGGCAAAGAUUGCAAUCUAUUUUGCUUUUCUUGGAAUGUACACACGAUGGCUGUUCGUCCUCGCUGCAUUUGGUCUUACAUUGCAAUUGGUUGAUUUUAGGUCAAUGAAAUUAGUAGUGCUUCCUGUUUUCUUUGUAGUAGUGAUACUUUGGGCUGUAAUGUUUUGUCAAUUCUGGAAACGUAAAAAUGCAGCACUUUUAGCCAGAUGGCCUCUUAGUUCUACUGUUGAAGCUCAUUCGGGGUACAAGAUUCCAGGAAGGAAGGACAGUUCCCUACAGUCGCCAAUGGAACUCAUUAAAGUAUUGGAGGCUGAUAGAGUAAAAGGGAAACAAGUAUUCCAGAGAUAUGAGUGGUUAGGGCGUUUUAUGAGAUUCCGAAACGAUGCUAUCAUUAUCUUCAGCAUAAUAUGUCUCCAGUUACCUUUUGAGUUGGCGUACGCACAUCUUUACGGAGUUAUUAGUUCGGAUGUAAUGAAGUUUGGGCUCACUGCUGUUUACCUUUUCUCCAUUCAGUAUAUUACUAAGAUUGGAGGCCAGGUAUCUGUCACACUUAUCAAAAAUGAAAACAACGAAAACACUGAAAAGCGUGCCGACAGCUUGGUCUACAAGGUGUUUGGUCUGUAUUUUAUGCAAACAUACAUUGGAAUUUUUUAUCACGCCUUGUUGCACCGUAACUUUUCAACUCUUCGCAAAAUUUUGAUUCAGCGGCUACUUCUUUCUGAGGUGUUGGAAAACUUGGUGGAAAAUUCAUUGCCUUAUCUCAAAUACAGCUAUAAAAAGUAUAGCGUUAGACACAAGAAGAGAGAGAAAGGAGAAUCAACAGAUAAAUUUCAGUUUAGUUCUAGAGUAGAGAAAGAAUACCUCAAGCCUACUUACUCUGCAAGCAUCGGCGAGGAGCUUGAAGAUGGGUUAUUUGACGAUUUCUUGGAGUUGGCAUUGCAGUUUGGAAUGAUUUUGAUGUUUGCUUGUGCAUUCCCACCUGCAUUUGCUUUUGCUGCUUUGAACAACAUUAUGGAAAUCAGGACAGAUGCAUUGAAGCUGCUGGUAAUUUUUAAACGGCCUGUUCCUCGUGCCGCUGGAACAGUUGGAGCCUGGCUUAACAUAUUUCAGUUUCUCACAUUGAUGUCAAUUUGCACCAACUGUGCACUUUUAGCAUGGCUAUACGACGAGGAAGGAAAAUGGAAAGUAGAACCUGGACUUAAAGCAAUAUUAAUCAUGGAACAUGUCCUUUUGUUGUUUAAGUUCGGCUUCCCUCGCUUGGUUCCUUCGGAACCUGCUUGGGUAAGAGCGAACCGUGCGAAACACACUACACAGGCACAGAAUUUGUGCUCUAAGAAACUUUUAAGGACAAUUUCUGGAGGAGAAAAGAGAGGAAUCAAGAUGAAGACAGGGUAGUUUUAGCAUACUUUUUCAGUUUUUUGAGUCACUUUUUUGUCACUCCAGCAAGAGAAAAAGGAAAGCUUAAGCUGGAAUUAUUUAUUUAUUUAUUAUUAUUAUUAUUAUUUUAUCUAUUUCCUAUGGUUGAAAUGUAUAUUAACAAAGCAAUUUUGAAGUAAUUGUGAAUAUAGAAAUUACUAAUGACUUCCAAGUUUUUCAAAAUGUCAGUGAAAAACAAGGAUUGGGUCUAUUUUUGGUUAAACAUUACAAUGUAUAUUCUAUUUAUAAAAAUUUAUGGAUUUACAUUA